CCCAGCGUCCGCGUCUUCUUCCACUUGCUUCUCAUCUGCAGGUCAAUCACUCACCCCCACCGACCAACCCCAGUUGUCAACCCCAAAUCGCGCACAGCAUCCAAUGGAUCCACCGACCGCCGAUCGAUCAUCCGCCGCGUCGCAGACCCCAAGAACCUCUCGGAUCUCCCGUCCGCGUCGUUUCCCGUUUAAAUCCGUUGUGCGGACCGCGGAAGGACGGGGAGGAGCAGAAAGAGGACGGGAGCUACGCGAUGGAACUCGUGGAAGGGCUCGUCAAGGGAUUGAAAAGUGUCGCGCUAGACGACGCGGUGGAGGGGGCUGAGAGGAGGAGGGACCGCUGUGCAGCUCUGGUGGACGGGGACCUGGAGGAGAGGGCUCGGUCGACGUGGGCCGAGGUGGUCUCCGAGGAGAAAGGCGAGGACCAUGAGCAGAGGCAGGGGAAGGCGGAGCAUGACAGGAACCAACAGCAGCAUAUCCCCGCGCUCACUCAAUGGCACAACCAGGACGAGGGAGCUCAAAGGAAUGGUGGAGGACCGGAUGGUGUCAUAGGCGUUGGCAACUUUAGGCCACAGCAACAGAAGGCACAAUGUGGAAGAGAGCAACAGGAUGGAGAAGAGAGAAACAGUGGAGGUUAGGUCGCCGUGGGCGACAGAAAGCAUCACAGAAGACUAGAUCAGGUUUGUUUUCAAUCCUGCUGGAGGAUUGGGACCUUUCUAUUUUUCUCCAAACAUAAAAAUGCAUGCAUAACUUGUUAUUCA